AUGUGGGAGCGAACUCUUCAAGACCUUGUUCGCGGUCUGCGAGCGAACAAGCGAGACGAGGCCAAGUUCAUCGCUCAAGCCGUCGACGAAAUUAGGAUGGAAGUCCGAAGCAAGGAUAUGGAGCUCAAGGCUGGAGCGGUGCUCAAAUUGACUUACCUACAAAUGAUGGGCUAUGACAUGAGCUGGGCCUCAUUUCAUGUCGUGGAGGUUAUGUCGUCUCCGAAGUACCAUUUGAAGAGCGUUGGGUAUCUUGCGGCCACGCAGUCUUUCGGACAGGACACGGAUGUGCUGAUGCUCACAACCAAUCUAUUGAAGAAGGAUCUAAGCUCCAAUCCCGCAGACGUUGCUGUCACUCUAAACGGGCUCUCCCAUAUCGUUUCUGCGGACAUUGGACGUGAUCUUUGCCGAGACCUGGUCUCCAUACUUAACCAUUCUCGACCGCACAUACGUAAACGCGCCAUCAUCGCUAUGUACAAGGUCAUGGUGAAAUAUCCGGAAGCUGUUCCCCUGGCUCUUCCUCGUAUGAAGGAGAAGUUGGAAGAUGAGGACUCUGGCGUGGUCUCUACGACAGUCAACGUGCUCUGCGAGCUGGUCAGACGAGACCCUCAAGAUUAUUUAUCCCUGGCACCGCAACUGUUUCUCCUUCUAACAACCUCAUCUAACAACUGGAUGCUCAUAAAGAUCAUCAAGCUGUUUGGCUAUCUUUCACCACACGAACCUCGCCUCGUUAAGAAGCUCCAGCCACCAAUAACAGAGCUGAUAUCAACCACUGCGGCCAUAUCCCUCCUCUACGAAUGCGUGCACACAUGCAUUGUGGGUGGCAUGCUCCAGAGUGCAUCCGGAGACAAGUUAGCGGAACUGUGUGUCACCAAACUGGCUGCUUUCUUGCAGGACCCAGAUCAGAACCUCAAAUAUAUCGCUUUACUUGCCUUCGUCAAAAUUGUGCCAUCGCACUCUUACCUUCUGGCCCAGUACCAGGAUAUGGUAUUAUCCAGCGUAAACGACCAAGAUAUCAGCAUUCGUCUACGUGCUCUAGAUCUUCUCUCCGCCAUGGUCAACCGUGAAAAUCUCCAGUCAAUAGUUCAACAACUGCUAUCCCACCUAGUCCGUUCCGAAUCCACUUCUAUCCCUACGGCUUCGCAAUCACUAGUCGACAACGCCGCCGGACAAUCCUCCAAAGCACCGCUGAACCCUAGUCAAUCACCCGCAUACCGUCUCAUUCUGUCCCAACGCAUCCUCUCCAUCUGCUCACAAGAUACAUAUGACAACAUCACAGAUUUCCAAUGGUAUCUGUCGGUCCUUGUCGACCUCGCAUAUGUCGCGUCGGUCGAUGUAGGUGCUCAGAUCAGGGAUCAGCUGGUCGAUGUUGUGGGCCGGGUACGGGGCGUGCGGAGAUGGGCCGUAGAGUUGAUGAUGAGGCUCUUGAGUGAUGAAACAUUCUUGCUGAAUGCACAUGAAGAGGGAAGCUGUUCUGAGGUGCUAUGGGCUGCGGCAUGGAUAUGCGGUGAGAACUGCGGGGAACUCGCUGAACCACAUAAGCUCUUGACCUAUUUGCUACAUACAAGCAUAUCAAACUUGACUGCAGAUACCAUCCAAGUAUACUUGCAAGCUGCUAUCAAGGUCUUCGGUUUCUGGGCUUCCGAGCUCGCCCAGAGAUGGGACAACGAUGACCUGCCAAAGGUCAAGGACGUCGUAGACAUGAUCGUCUCCCGUAUGAGCGACUUCGCGUCCAGUCCUGACAUCGAGGUUCAGGAAAGGGCUGCAAACGCUCUACAACUAUUCGCCUUCGUUCGGGCAGACCUUGCGUCCUUC